CAAAAUCUCAUAACCUCUCUAAAUUUUCUUCAAUCACACUCGCCUUAAUCGAUUUCACUGCAAUGGAGACUACAAAAGUGAAGAAGGGAUUCGGAGGAAGGAAAGCCGGCGGACCAAAAACCAAAUCAGUUUCGAAAUCAAUCAAAGCCGGUCUCCAAUUCCCAGUUGGAAGAAUCACUCGUUUCUUGAAGAAGGGACGUUACGCUCAGAGACUCGGUGGUGGAGCUCCGGUUUACAUGGCCGCUGUUCUUGAGUACCUCGCUGCUGAAGUUUUGGAGCUUGCUGGUAACGCGGCGAGAGACAACAAGAAGUCUAGGAUUAUUCCGAGGCAUCUUCUUUUGGCUAUUAGGAACGACGAGGAGUUGGGGAAGCUUCUGAGUGGAGUGACGAUUGCUCACGGUGGUGUGUUGCCUAACAUUAACUCUGUGCUUUUGCCUAAGAAGUCUGCUAAAUCUAGCGAGGAUGUUGCGUCCAAGUCACCAGCCAAGUCUCCUAAGAAAGCUUAAGCCAUAGAAAGUUGUUUUCGUUUGUGUGCGUUGUGUUUGGUGAAUGCAUAUGUAGAAAUUUCUAGCUUUUUUAGUUAAGUAAUUUGGGUUUGAUUUCUUUUCGGAUCUAUCUUUUAUAACGAUUUAUUAUAAAAUCUUUGCAAUUUGUUUCUCUUGUGUUUACUCAUUACUAAUCUAC